CGAGUCGAGAGUCAAGACCGUUCUCGUCCGAGUGCUAAACGUAUUCGUGAACCUUAUCUCAAUAGCCGGAAAUUAGAAACUUUCGAAAUCUUGUGAUCGUUCGGAGAAAAACACCCCUUACAUUAGUGAAGUUGACUAUCAUUCGAACAUCCACUACUCUCCCUUGUGAAUAAGUUAGCCAAAAUUAAUUGCAAACAUGAACCUGCAAGCAUACAUAGUUGAAGUUGGUGAAACGGUCGUUGAAAUUAAAAUAUCGUGUUCUAGCGAAAAAGGAAGAAAAGAAAUCAUUUAGGGAAAAGGAACAAGCUGUUGUCGCAGUGUGGAACACUGAUCACCGAGACACUAUGAAGGAAUAUCGAAGCAUAAUUUCUGUAUUCAAUGUUGCAAUCGGUUUGUUACUGGUCUUCAACAGCGUCCACAGUAAUUCUCAAUGGCAAAAUGAAACAAUACCUUCUUGUAAAGGACAAACCUUCUGCGAGAAUGUUGCGAAUUAUCCCUUUGAUGUGGUGAAGAAAAUAAUUAGCAAACAUUCACUUCUUAAAAAUUAUAGUAAUCUCGAUAUGGUAGAACCACUCAAACCCACUCUACCGAUGCACUCAGAAUAUGGAACGAAACUCUGUCAGUCAAUCGAGAAAAUUAUAUUUCCAAAAACGGCGGAAAAUAUAAAUAACGAGUGGUCGUACGUCCUUAACACUGAUGAUGUGGUACAAGGGGUACACAUAGAAAAAUGCCUCAACGAAGGUAAACGUUGUAGCUCGAUAAAUGGGCUCGCAAGAGGUUACAUAACCGUAUGUAAACAAAGAUACGUUCAUAAUCAACUCCUAGGACUUCAGAAGGGUGGCUCGUAUACUUAUCAACAAUUCCGAUUUCCAUCCAAUUGCUACUGUUACAUUGAAUACGUCGGCCCUGACAUACGGCUCGUCGAAGCAGCAGACUUUCAAAACAAAUCAAGCGAUAUUAAUUGACCUUAUUAAAUUCAUUUGAAACAUAUGUCUAUUUUCUAAAGAGGAAUGAAAUAAUUAACAGUAAAUUCCAUUAUUCUGUGAUUUUUUUUUCAUAAUAUUUAUCCUUCUGUUAUAGCUCGUUUAUCCAUAUAUUUGUAUUGAUUAUCCAUACGCGAUAUAAUCGCUA